UAUAGCUAAUGUCACUUUGAUUGUUAGUAUUUGUCACUAGUACAACACUACACAAUUAAAAUUUUGCUUUUCCUUGUGAAAUGAGAAUCUGUGUUUAAAAUGUUACGAACUGUUAUUUUCGCUUUUCGUAAUAUACGGCCUCUUUCCACUCCGUGUUAUAAUGCAGCCAGGAUUAUUAGCAAUGAUUUCAAGAGUUUUAGUACUUGCAACAAAGUAAUUAUACCAACUCCAUUAUGCUACAAGGGAGGUCUUGUGCAUAAUAAACAAAUAUUAUCUAUCUCUAAUAAUAUCACUAAUGUUCCUAUGAGGACUGUCACAAAAUUCAGCCUCAAAAAAGGCAAAAGGAAAACUGUGAAGGCAGUAAUAAAAAGAUUCUUUAGGUUAGACUGGGGUGGAUGGAUAAGGACCAAAGCAGGUAGACAAAAGAGAUUGUGGAAGAAAUCUAUUGCCAAGAGAACGCGAUUGAGAACUCAUGUAUUAUGCAAUGCUACUCAGAACACAUUGUUGGAUAAAAUGGUUACGAAGUUCUGGAAGCGUCCCAAGUAUUAUGUUGAUGAUCCAUACACUCCUUACCAUACUCGUGAAGAGUUCUAUGUAACAAGAAAGAAGCCAAUUAUUAGGAAUUGAUUGCAGUAAUGUUAUUUAAAAAUUUAAUAAAUAUAAUUUAUGUAGAUUAAAA